AUGGAUAAAGGCGAAAACCAAGAACACAAUUACCCAGUCGAUGCUAACUCUUACACAAUCAUCGAAGUAAUCGGCCGUGGGACGAACACCAUAAUCUACAGAGCAUUUUGCGACCCAAUGAAUACCAAUGUCGUGAUAAAAUCCAUCAAAUUCGAUAAAUCCAACAAUUCUCUAACUCUUAGUCAUUUAGAUUCAACCAUUCCCGCGCCGCCGGUUCUAAAUCAUCCAAACAUCCUCAAUUCCCACUGCACUUUCCUUGCUGCCGAAAACCUAGUAUGGGUAGUUAUGCCAUUAAUGUCUGUCGGCUCUCUCCAAUCCAUAAUGUCAUGUUCCUUCCCUACCGGACUUCCAGAAGAAUAUAUUGCAAUCUUUCUUAAACCAAUCUUUAAUCUUUUGUCUUAUCUCCAACAAAUGGAAUCUCCUGACAUUGAACUUAAAGCUGGAAACAUCCUUCUUGAUCACGAUGGAACAUUCAAAUUUUCUGAUUUUGGUUUGUGGCUUUCGUCGCAGCAGUUGAUGAGAAACGUCACAGCGAAAUCUUAUUGGGUUGCGCCGGAGUUGAUUGAAUCUAGUGAUGCGUAUUCUGUCAAAUCGAAUAUUUGGUCAUUUGGAAUCUUAGCUCUCGAAUUAGCUCAUGGAAAACCACCUCUGUAUGACUUUCCUCUGUCCAAGUCUAUGAUCAAGAAGAUGAAACAGAGAUUUUCUUUUUGGAAAUUUGACGAAAACAGUACUGAAAAGACCUUCUCUGAAACAUUCAAGAAUCUUGUUAAGAGUUGUUUGAAACGUAAUCCAGCAAAGAGACCGACGUUGAACAUGCUGCAGAACCAUCCUUUCUUCGAAAAAUGUAAAUCCACAUAUUAUCUAGUGGAUAAGAUACUGAAAGACUUGCCUCCUAUUGUAAACAGGUUUGAACUUUACACAGAGAUCAGAGGUGAAGAAAAAGAUGAUGAUGAUGAAGAAGUGAAUGUUGUUAGUGGGUGGAAGUUAAAUGCCGAUAUUUUGAAGCUUUUUCCAUUUUGUUCUAAUGAAAUCCAAGUGGAGGAGGAAGAUGAAGAUGAAUACUGCGAUUAUGCUAAGUUGGAAGCUGUGAAUGCCGAAUUGCAUAAAGUGAUUAAGCAGCUGGAUGUAGUUUGUUGGACCUCUUCGAGAACAGAUUAUUUGGAGACACUUUUUACAGUAAAAACGAGAUUACAAGAGCAGUUGAAUCGAAUAACUAGUUUGUUUAAUUCUCGUGGCGGGGUGUUGUUCGAGGUGCCAUUCUACAACCCUCCACGAGCUGAACAGAAUGGAAAAGAAGACAAUGCAUAA